AUUGUUCAUGUUGAAUUCUGUUUGUUAAGAGAUGUGAUGUCUCAUUCAUUUGGAGAGGGGUAUGCCACGAGGUCGGACGAAGAACCAUUUGGAGGGACUUACGGAGGGAAUCAGAGUAACUCUAAAAUAGAAAUGGACAGGGAGAUUCUUGAAAAUCAUCCAACUUAUGACAAGACACAGGGGAGUGAAGUGAAAGAGAAGGAGAAAGCCAGGCACCGAACCCAGGCAUCGAGUUAACUGGGAAGAUCAGAGAUUUGAUGUUUAUGAGAUAUAUUUUGCUCAGGAAAUUUUCUCUUUUGGACUAAUCUAUCUAUGCUAUGAAAGCUGCUGAAGCUUUUGCUUUUUUAUUUCAGUAUAUUUGUUAAUGUGAAUUGCUGGUCCUUGGGACACCCUGGCUCGCAUAUUAUAAGCCUUGAUGUGGCAUAUAGGUUUUAAUUAUUUUAUGGGAUAAAUUUUGAACUA